UCUCUCUCUCUCUCUCUCUCUCUUCAGCUUUCUUAUUCAGAAACGAAUCUCCUUACUUCUAAUUCACUCCUUUCCGUUUUCCCUCUUGCUGCAGUCUCCAAUAUCUUCCGUAAUUACGACCCAACAAAAUCCUGUGAAUUGAAUUGAACCGACUCUCUAGGGGGUGUGCCCAGUUUGUAAUUUUCCAAGAAAAAAUGGAAAAUUUUGGUGGGAAAAAGAGACCCACCAUCAAUCUCAACCUGUUCACCACCUUUUCCGAGUCUAUUUCCCCAACGAAAUCCCCAAGGAACUUCCAAGACGGUGUGGUUGGGCUAGGCAUAGUAGCGGCUAUGACUGAUGAAACCUAUACUCGCCAACCUAUUUGCUUUGCUCCGUCGCCGAGAUCCGCCACCCCCGUGCCUAUAGUCCCAUCUGUUGGACCAGCACCCAAUUCCCGAUGUUGCUUUAAUUCGGAGAAUUCCGAUGAAUUAUCUCAGAAUCCCACUUGUGUAAUUUCUCAUGCUGGCGAUAAUAGCAACAGUUGCAGGGCUUUCACUGCUUCUUCCUCGGUUAUUGGUCAAUUCAAGAGGGAGUUUUGGAGUGAUGACUUUCUGACUUAUUGUCAUCUUUGCAAGAAGGAGCUUCAUGGUUUGGAUAUUUUCAUGUACAGAGGGGAGAAGGCAUUUUGCAGUGAUGAGUGCCGUGACAAGCAAAUUACAAAUGAUGAUAAUCACAAACAAACAUGUAAGGCUGAAGCCAGGAAGAAACCACUCUCUGAGUCUGCACCCCACUGUUCUGGCCCGCAGGUGUUGUUCACUGUGGUUGCCGCGGCAUAGACUAUUACUUAAUCAUUACUGAUACAUGAUACAUAAAUAAAUGAACAAAUAAAUGAAAGGGAA